AUGUUGGUAGAUGGUCGCCCCGUCCCCCUGUUUUUUGCGGCGCAGCCUUACACAGGAGACGGCAGCCCUGGACACAUCUCAAGCAUCACAGAAGAUGAGUCAAAACCCAGGAAUUUGGCUCUAGACCCGGAGGUGAAGCUGUAUCUGAACUUGACCGGCCGUGUUCCAAUCCACGGGCACCGAUUUGACAUCUGCCAUGCUGAUCAUGACACAGCAAGGAUACCCCAAGGGUUGCGCCGAGGGCGGGCUGACAUCCAGAUCGAUCACGCCCGCAAAGCCUGGGGGGGUUACAUGCGGUCGUCCGCCCAUGCCCACCAUACACGCCUUUCUGCUCCCACAAAGACCACUGAUGGCGGCAUUGACGGGGCGAAGGAUGUCCUGUUCUUGAAAGGUGUCAUCCGUGAUUCAUCCGAACCGCGCCUUUUUUUCACAAAUGUAUUGGAUCCUGUCCAGAGGACAUUCCCAAGUUUCGAGCCACCCACGUGUUUUACUCUCAUAUUGGCAUUGCCCGCAGGUGGACAUGCCGACUGUCUCGGUUUGGAAAAUGAAUCUCUAAGUGACCUUAGUAAAACAAGAGGAACCAGAGCCGUCAUCCUCAGUAACGACAAGUGCUUUGGUGGUGUCCCCAGCUGGAGCUCGGAGCAAGAGUGUGUCGGGGAAACAAAAGUUGGAUCUUAUGCUUUUCGCAAAAGAGCCAAGCCACGGGCCGCAUAG